AUGGACCGCCGGGCGCUCUGGGCGCUCCUGCUGGCCGCGCUGGGCUCCGCGGCCGGGCAGCCGCUGGGGGGGCAGCCGGCCUGCACCGCGAGGACCCUGGCCAGGUACCGCCUCACCUUCACCGGCAAGUGGAGCCAGGCGGCCUUCCCCAAGCAGUACCCGCUGUUCCGCCCGCCGGCCCAGUGGUCCUCCCUGCUGGGGGCGGCGCACAGCUCCGACUACCGCCUGUGGCGCGAGGGCGAGUUCGCCAGCAACGGGCUGCGGGAGUUCGCGGAGCGCGGCGAGGCCUGGGCGCUCAUGAGGGAGAUGGAGGCGGCCGAGGAGAAGCUGCAGAGCGUGCGCGGGGUGUUCGCGGCGCCCGCCGUGCCCGGCGGCACGGGGCAGACGGCGGCGCAGCUGGAGGCCCACGCGCGGCACUCGCUGGUGUCCUUCGUGGUGCGCAUCGUGCCCAGCCCCGACUGGUUCGUGGGCGUGGACAGCCUGGACCUGUGCGAGGGGGACCGCUGGAAGGAGCGCGUGGCGCUGGACCUGUUCCCGCAGGACGCCGGCACCGACAGCGGCUUCACCUUCUCCUCCCCCAACUUCGCGACCGUCCCGCAGGACCCGGUGGCCGAGAUCACCUCCUCCUCGCCCAGCCACCCCGCCAGCUCCUUCUUCUACCCGCGGCUCAAGUCCCUGCCCCCCAUCGCCAGAGUCACCCUGGUGCGCGUGGGGCCGGGUCCCCGCGCCUUCGUCCCGGCGGCGCCCGACCUCGGGGGCGGCAACGAGAUCCUGGACGGCCCCUCAGCUCCGGAGACGCCGCUGGACUGCGAGGUGUCCCUGUGGUCGUCCUGGGGGCUGUGCGCGGGCCCCUGCGGGAAGCCGGGCGCCAAGAGCAGGACGCGCUUCGUGCGCGUGCAGCCGGCCAACCGCGGCGCGCCCUGCCCCGCGCUCCAGGAGGCGGCCGAGUGCGUCCCCGACAACUGCGUCUGA